UGUGGAAGGGCAACCUCACGGCCUGCCUGCGCCUCGGGCCCUACAGCGCCCUGCAGCUCGCCGCCUACCGCAGGUUUGUUGUGCUCUUUACGGAUGAUUUGGGUCACAUAUCUCAAUGGCAUGCCAUCAUGGCAGGAAGCUUGGCUGGCAUGGUUGCAACCAUAGCAACUUACCCAACUGAUGUCAUUAAAACCCGACUCAUUGUGCAGAACCGAUUGGAACCAUCUUAUAAAGGAAUUCUUCAUGCUUUCUACACAAUAUAUCAUCAAGAGGGAUUCCUGGCUCUGUAUCGUGGUGUUUCGUCGACUGUUUUAGGCACUAUCCCAUUUUCUGCUGGGUCAUUAUUCGUGUAUAUCAACUUGGACAAAAUCUGGCGAGAGCCUAGCAGUCACUUCACUCCCCUCCAGAACUUCAUCAAUGGCUGUCUUGCUGCUGGUGUAGCACAGACACUUUCUUUCCCCUUUGAAACUGUCAAACGGAAAAUGCAGGCUCAGAGUCCGUACCUUCCCCACUAUGGAGGAGUUGACGUGCAUUUCACUGGCAUGAUUGACUGCUUUAGGCAAACGGUGAAGCACAGAGGUGUGCUUGGACUCUGGAGUGGACUCACGGCCAGCCUGCUCAAGGUUGUCCCAUACUUCGGUAUUAUGUUUAGCACCUUUGAAUUCUGCAAGCGGGUCUGUCUCUACAGAAAUGGUUAUAUUGAAUCUCCGUUAAGCUACAAGCUCACUCCUGGAGUGGACCAAAGUUUACAGCCACAGGAACUGCAAGAAUUAAAGCUGCUUCGAAGAGGAAACUUUGAGCCGAGGAAACUUCAAGCCAAGGAAACCCACUCUUGAAAACUGAUCUGGGAAGCCCAUGGCCUGGAUGGUAGGCUAAUAUCAUUCUGAAUCAGCUCCACAAUAUUAAGGAAGUAUAAGGUAAAGGAGGGUGUACUGAGCUACAGACACCAGCCCCUCACUGUGGUACUGAAACACCUGUGUCAGACAUUCAUGGGUGUUGUACUCGCGUAGGAAAUGGACACAAGCUUACCUACAAAGGAAAGACACAAACGGUUUUGAACUACUACAGUACUGGAACUUAAAACCAACUCAGUGGAAGUGUUUUUAAAUGUCAAAUAGCUUUUUAAUACUAAAGUCACUUGCAAAGAAUGAGAGAGCUGAGAGAUGAGCAUGAAUUGUAACUUAGUCCAAAAAUCAUUAGAGAAUGGUAAAUCUGUUUUUAAAAUCCCAGUGCUCCUCGGGGCACUAGUGUCCAGAAUGGUUACGAACAAUAACUAGACUCCCUAUCAUGUGAGCGUCUUGACUGAAAUCUGUCCGUCUGAGAUCCCAUGUGGAUGUGGCAUUCUGAAGCUGCAGCUCUGUUCCUGCACAAUUCACACCUCUGCUAAUCCUCCCAGUUCUUAUUUUCAGCUUUUUGUAAAAGUUGCUUGAAAACAGUUGAAUUUUCUAGGAGUCCCUCUUGCAAACAAAGAGGAAAUACUCUGCAGCUGUGCUCUUACCGAGAAAGAAUCAUCGUGUGUGAGGUGCGCUGAACUGACAAUCUAACAAACCUAAGUGCAUGUUAAAAUAUCUUCUCACUCCCUUAUCCCCCUAGAAUGCCACUCCCUGUACCUGAAUCACUGAAAAAAGCAGCACUGUUUGUAUGUUUUAAUAUUUGCUUUAACUACUGAAUAUUGCCUGAGAAAUGCAGCUACCACAUGGCUUAGCUAUGUCAGAGCUAACAUCCUAUCAAUGUUUUGUCAGUAUUUUAAGCCGUAUUUUAUAUUAAAUUAAUAUUUUGGAAUAAAAGAUAUGAUCAGAUGUUGAA